GUAUAUUCGUAGACAUCCCAAACAUGAAGCAAGUGUGCAUUCUUCUAGCAGUGCUGCUCUGCACGGCAGCCGUCGCGGACGCCAUAGUGUAUGUCUACGCACCAACGUGUGCAAGAUGCAAAAGCAUCGGAGCGCGGUACUGUGGCUAUGGGAGUGGGAAGUUUGUCUCAUGCGACGGCCAGACUACUAUCAAUAACUGUGCGGACUGCAAACGAAGAGGGGGUCGCUGUUUGGACGGAUCCAUUACGCAGUGUUAUUUGUGA